AUGUGGACCCGCACGACGUUCGCGGUCGCCGCGGCCUGCAUCUAUCUCGCCGCCGCGGGGGCGGCCACGAUGCAGCCUCAGGUUUCACGCGCCGUGGCCGAAGACGUCGUCGGCGAUACGACGGCUGGCGGCGAACCACCACCGUCCGCCGGCGCCACCACAGUGUCCGACGACCUGGACGUGGAGGGUCGCCUCCGGUCCCUCAUGGACCGUCUCAUCCACGAGUCAUUGCCACGCAUGACGGCACUGGGCACCGGCUCCAACGUGACCGGCGACUGCUCGGCGGCCCUUUUCCGGCUGCUUCUGGGAAUGCGCAAGUUCGAGCCCUGGGCUCUCAGGCUGCUGGACGCCAACUCACGUCCGCCAGGUGGCCUCAUCUCGGGCACGUUCAACGACCUGGGCACCUACGACCAGUGCCUUUCCACGGCGGCACGCGAUGCCGACGGUGGCGUUCACUUCUCGGGCCAGUAUUGCACCCUGUACCUGCAGCCGCGACGUCUCCCUUUCUUCGAGAAGAUCGUGCGCCGGCUCCACGACGAUGUCUACGACGGUCUAGGACAACAGGCGGCCCUCGUAGACGCUGCCUGGGUCAAAGGCAAAGAGGCCUACACGCCCGUGGUGGUCGACAGCCAGGGCGAGGCAAAGCUGGAUUUCUUCAGGUUCAUGUACAAUGACAUGGCGCACGGCCUUCGCCUAGGGGUCUGUUUUCCAUCAGCCUGCUCUGCAACCGAGUUCCAGUUCUUGAUUGGAUCGCUGGUUGGCCAACACGGCUUUGACGCAACCGUCAAAGGAUGCGUGAUCAAGGAAAAGACACCGCUUAGCACUACGGAGAAAGCCCUCAUGUACUUCAUGGCCUCGUGUAUAUCUUUCGUAAUCGUCGGUUCGCUCACGGAUAUCUACCUGCGCAAAUACGGCAAAGAAGCCGGACAUGACCUCAACAACAUUGGUGCCUUCUUCAAGGUGGUGCUGUCGUUUAGCGCGGUGGCCAACACAGAGAAGCUUUUGAACGUGCGUGCCGAACGCGGUAGCGAUGCCUGGCGUCUGCGCUUCCUGCACGGCCUGCGAUUUCUCAGUGCAAGCUGGGUCAUCCUGGGCCACAGUUACCUGACUGUCGAGCCGACGGCUGUGGGAGAGCUCCUCCGCAUCAUUCGCUUUGGCAAGAACUUCAUCUGGUGCCUCGUCGGCAACGCUUAUCCAUCAGUGCAGACCUUCCUCUUCAUGAGCGGAUUCCUACUAAGCUUUAACAUCGCCAGGCACUUGAGGCAAAGAAGGGGAAACCUCUGGCUACCAGUCACGCUGCUUCUCGUAAGAAGAUACAUAAGGUUGACGGCGCCGCUCAUGUUCGUGAUCGGGGUGUGGCUGCUUGUGCCGCUGGUGGUGGAUGGGCCGCUGGCCAAAGAGCACCACCCAUCCAUCUUCGCCACCUGCACGCGCAACUGGUGGCGGGCGCUCAUACACAUCAACAACUGGAGCGACCUGCUCGACAUGUGCCUCCAGCACAGCUGGUACGUAAGCGUCGACUGGCAAAUCUACAUGUUCAUCUGGAUCAUUCCAGUCAUCAUGUUGAGCCACCCGAGGAUUGGCUUGCUCCUCGGAGGUGUCCUGGCGAUCGGCACGUCAGCUGCCGUCACCAUCAACGCUUACAUGUACUCCUACCAACCGCUCCCUUUGUAUGGUCAGCCUGAGCUCGACAAGACGUUGGACAUGAUGAAGUUCAUCUACUACCGGCCGUACGUGCACGUCACCUCGUACGCCGUGGGCAUCAUGCUGGGCUACGCAGUCAGCACAAACGUGGGGCUGAAGCUUCCACGAUGGGCUCGCGCCGGAUGCUGGAUGCUGUCCACUAUGCUGGCGCUGCUUGUCGUCUUCGGUCCCUUCAAGUGGCUGCGCGGAGACUCAUGGCUGGGCGCCGACGCCGUCGCUUACGCCGGCUUGAGCAAGCUGGCAUGGGCGCUGUCCCUCUCCUGGGUCGUCUUCGCUUGCGCCUCCGGCCGUGGAGGUUUCGCCAACCGGCUGCUCUCCUGGAAGCCUCUCAUACCGCUCAGCCGGCUUUCGUACGGCGCCUACCUGAUCCACUCACCGCUCUACCUCAUACGCGCCGGCAUUCUGCGAGAACGAAUGUCCCUGCAGCACUUUAACUUGGUGAAGGACUUCUUCGGAUGCCUGACAAUGUCAUUCCUGAUGGCAUACCUGCUGUACCUGUUGUGCGAAGCACCUGUUGCGUCACUCGAAAAGCUGUUGCUGGCGCCUGCGACUCGUCGGAUCCAGGCAGCGGCCACGCAAAAGGACGCCACGAGCGAAGCCCUGCAUGACGAACGUGGCCGGGAAGAGGUCUGCGUUACCGUCGCCUCUGCGCAACAUUACGUAAUCACCGAGUCUAAGUGCCGCCUCUAGAACUGCUUGCGCGGGUAGAAGAAGGGCCACCAUUUCAUGCCAGCACUUUGAAAUGAUCCAGCAGUUUCAUCGUACGGCACCGGCGUCGUCCGACCCCCGCUGGAGUGGACGGCGCUACCUUUCCGAGCGAGACCGAUUGAGCCCACUUUCAUGACUAGCCCUUGUACAUCAUCGCGUUUGGGCACCUUCUCAGGUCACUGGCUGUCUGCAACUGUGGAACGACAGUGCUAAGUCGUAUUUGUUGCUUUCGUUCAGUUCGGUGCAAGCGACUGAAUGCGUGUGUCUUUGUUACCAUAGUUUAAAGCCAGUGCAUUGACAUCAUUCAGAUUCUAAUUACGCAGCAUGUGACACUUCCGCUUUGCUUUUUCUGCAUAAUUCUUUAUAUUUUACACCUUUAGAAGAUAAAACUCGACAGCCUUCGCUUUUGUUAAGGUUAACCUAAGUUGGCACUAAAAUUAAUAAUAAUAUUGCGGUAUAAAAAGCGUCAUAGGACUUCCGCCGGAGAAAAUUGUCGACUUUACUUGCGGAUACUCAGGGGGGAUCAUGUGGUUACCUAACAUCAACUUAUACGAGCUUCAAAAGCGAUGUAGUGCUUGCACGCUAUGCUUAAGUACAAACGCUCCAUCGGAAGAAUGAAAAAAAAAGAAUUAGUGAUUUUUCCGGAGACGCCGCUUUAUGCAGUAUAAGUUGCCUUUGUGGUGAUCCCUUGCUCGGCAAACAGGACACGCCGGCAUUCGAGAAACGAACACCUCAGUAGAGCCCGACAGAUGUGGACGAGAAUGUGGGAGUGUCAACCGCUUUGUUGCACUCAGCUUAGUGAUGCAAGGAUGAGUCGUACCUCUAUUUGAAAUAUGGUAGUGCUGUAAAGUUAAUGCGCUUGAGAUCAUCAAAAGAAGGAACCUAUUGUUAUUUUGUAUAUAUAAAAAAACCUCACUACCUCUUAGACUCUGUUAUAUAUCAUAUCUCAUAUGAUGCAUCCUUGUUUUGCCAGUCAUCAGUACUGUCUAUAAGACCAAUCAUGUUCAUCUGCCCUCACACUUUUUGUUUACCACCGGCUACAGCAUUGAGAAACUGCUGGCAUUCGCGAAGCUGAACAUUGAUUUACCAUUUUAUCGCAACUGCGUAUGGCUCAAUAAGCAUCACACACAGGAGCUCGGUUGUGCCAACUUUCUGGUCAAUUUCUGGUGACUUCUGGUCAUAUCGCAUCUACUACGCAUCUAUAAAGGAGUGCUUGUGACCACAAAGUACGCUGCCAUGUAUAAAAAUUAAACAUGGAACGAGUGCGCAUCUUGAAUCAUAUAAACUGUGUGAAAGCAUAUCGGAAUAAGUUAUUCCGCGAUAUACUUAUGUAUGUGCAAACUAUGUGCCGAAGAAAAAGCUCAUACACAACGGGUUUUCAUUAAAUAGUUAAGCGUAGGCUAACGUCUAAUAAAGCACAUAAGGAGUGGCGUCAAGAUAAACGGGAAGUAUCUUUGUCGUUUGUCAGCAUCGUAUAUUGCUGGUCAGCAGCACUUUAGUUUCACGUGUCAAAAUAGGGUUUUUAGUCAUUUGCUUCACAGGAAUGUUCAUUUUUUUUAUAUGUUACUAGAUCUCAAUUUACCGCGUCUAGCGUGUGGACAGAUUCGAUUUAUAAUCCGGGCAGCUGAAUGGGAGCUGGUGCGGACGCAGUGCCGUGCUGAAACAGUGUUAACUUGUGCAGUAUUAAUGUCGUCAACCUUAUCAGAAAUGCUUGCUUAAUAAAGCAGCUAGCAGCCUUGUUAUUACAGCAUUAGAACAGAAUUAUAGUCAUUUGAGAAGACGAGUACUCGUGUAGUUCAAGUGACCUUUUUUUUUCGUGCUAUUGUUACAGUGUAGUUACGUUGCUGUCUCUGUUUUGCUUAUGUUUAUUUCUUCACCCAUGGAUGAUCAGUCCUAACCCUCCCUCUUAACUCUUAAAUGCCGCGAACAAUCGCUAUGCUUUGACAGUGCUGUAUGUCUGGUUUUCUUUGGCUUUGUAUUUGCUUUGUAUUUUUGAUUGUGAGCAAACGCACGACGAUUCUGACGUGAGAAGCUACAUUACUGCUGCCCGAAUUCCACGUGUUAGCAUUUGGCGACCUUUCUGAUGAAGCUAAGCUUUUUUUUUUUUUUGAACAAUUCCACAGAUUCACCAGUGAUGAACACUACUUCUAUGCGUAAUUUUUCAAAACAAACAAAUGACACCGUAACGCACUACUCAUUAAGCUUUCGCGCCAAAAAAGAAGAAAGAAAGCAGGAGGCAUUUAAUAGACUUGAACAGUAAAUUGCUUUCCUUACUUCGUCCGUGCUAGCGUUCGUGCCGCAAGCAUUCUGCAUUCAUACGGUUGAGUGUUCCCAGACUGUUCACCCAAAACUUUCACACAAAUCUUAUUUCCUGUGCUUUCCGUGGUCACUUCAACUUAUGUACAUAGCUUGUAAAUAUUUGGCUUCAUGCAUAAAUACACGCUUGUUAUCCAAGA